GUCAAUUUGACGGAGUAUCUUUCAUCAAUAAUCAUGAAAUUUCUAUUUUUUUCUUCGGACAAAUAUUUAGAUGAUAGUUUAUACACAUUAAAUAAAAUUUAAGUGAAGUUGAAAACAAAAAUGUUAUGGAGGAUACUUCCAAUGAAUGUACGAAAACGCCAACAUGGCAAAAUUGUAUCCAUUGCCCAAACUUGCUGUUCACCACAUCCUCAGAAUUCGAAAAACACAUACAAGAAAAGCAUAGUAUAAAGGAAGGAUCUAUUAUUCUUUGCCAAUAUGGACAGAAUGGCAUUUGUUCUGCAUUACAAUUUGGUGAUCUACGAAAAGCUGGUUUUAAAUAUCAUAUACGACAGCAUCACUUGUUUAAUACAGAUGGCCCUGAAAACUGGGACUUUUAUUCAUCAUCACAAAAUAUACCUGCAGUUUUAAAUGAUCCAAACCGAGGGAAACAAAGUAAUUUUUUUACAAAGACAUGGGGUGAUAGUUUUAUAGAUAAAGUUGAAAUAUAUCCCAGUCCAUAUUUGCCAGAAAUAACAUUGUUGCAUUUUGAAUCAUAUUGUAAAAAGAUUGCUAGAAGGUACAGAAGACAUUGCCAAUUGAAAGAAAAUGCUCCAGUCAAAUCAAAGACUCCUGUUGUUGAAAAUGUUUGUGAAGUUCCAAGUAUAUUUUAUGAGCAAUCACUAGCAUUAAAUGACCCUAAAAAUUUUUCCAAAGUUUUCCCUGGACUUUCCGAUUCAGAAAAUAUAAAUACUGCAAUAAGAUCACUACAGGAAACAUUGAGUACUUAUCUUGAUGUCAUUGAAAUGAAGAUAUCCAAGCAAGUUGCACAAAAAUCAGAUGCAUUUUUCCAUGCUAUGCUUUCUCAUGACACUAUAAUGGAGCAAAUGGCAAGAGCUUUAAACACAGUGCAAACUUCACGGAAAAAAAUCAUUGAUGUGAAACAAAAUUUAACAUCCAGUCCCAUAAAAUUAAUUAGUCUUACAAGAAUCAAUCAUAACUUGAAUAAUGUACACGAUUUACUCAAACUAAUGGGGACAGUUCAACAGACUCAACCAAUGAUACAACUUUUGUUAAGUACUUCAGACUAUGUAGCAGCACUUGAUUUAAUAAGUUCAACCCAAAAAGUUUUAUCAUCUCGUUUAUCAGGUAUUCAAGCUUUUAGGCAUCUAUCACCACAGUUAACAGAAAUGAAGAGGUUAAUACAAAAAAUGCUUAAUGAUGAAUUUUCGAGAUUCAUAGUGGCAGAUUUAAAUAGAUCUCAAGCGGAUCCUGAAGAGUUACCAGAAAGAGAUAAAAUAAUUUCCAUUGUGUCUGGAAUACUUAGACUAAAAGAAUUUGACUUUAUUGAUAAUUUCAAAAUUGAAGCCAUGACCUCAAUUCAAGCAACAAUUAAACAGAGUGUUGUUGAAAUAAUAUCUGAAAGGGAAGGCAAUACAGAAAUUGUAUUAAGGGGAUCAAACACUGAUACAUGGCUUCUUUGUAAUGAAGGCAUUACAUUUCUUCAAAAAGUAACUCCUAAUAUAGUGAAUUUGUUUAGAAGAAUCUUAUCAGUUACCAAUGUUAUCCUUGAUGUCAGUCAAAUGAGUGAUGUUACUGGAAAUGACAGUGAAGACAAUUGGACUCAAGCAGAGAUUACUUCUUUAGAAGAUAAAGUUAAUAAGUUGAUAUCAUCCCUCUCGGACUACAGUAAUGAGAGAUGUGCCAAUCUCAUUGUAACCAGGACUGACAAAGAUUAUGUUUUCUCUGAUUUAACUCAAUUAUCAAAAUUGUCAGAAUUAAUAGAUAACUUUUCAAGAGAAUGUGAAGAAAUAACUGGACAUAAUAGCAAUGCUAUGAAACUAGCUUUGAGGAGUUUUGCUAUGAAAUACAUCCAAAAUCUGCACUUAGAGAGAAGAGCUCAACUAACUACAGCUCUCAAUAAUGAAAGAUGGAAAACGGCAGAUGUUCCUUACGAAUUGCAAAGCGUCAUUAAUAAGAUUUGUGAAACUGGUGAAAUACCAAGUGUGUUACAGUAUGAAAGUGGAAAACCAGAUGGAAAAUUUUUAGUAAUAAACAGAGAAAAUUAUGCUGUUGUUGCUACAGUACAGCUUUUGAUAAAAAUAUUGCUAGAAUACUGUGAUGCAACAAAACAAUCUCCAGAUAUUGUCCAAUACUUAGUACACUGUAUGUUAGAAUUAAUUAGACAUUUCAACUCACGGUGCUGCCAGUUAGUAUUAGGUGCAGGAGCCAUUCAAAGUGCAGGGUUAAAAACUAUUUCUACUUCAAAUCUGGCACUUGUAUCUAGAUCACUACAGGUUAUAUUGUGGCUUUUACCUCUUGUAAUACAACUUCUAGAAAAACUACAUUCUAAGGAAUUAUCUCUCAAUGGAUUCAAUAGUAUAGAAAGUGAUAUUGCUGGUCAUAAGAAAGAAAUAGAAAAUAAAAUAUCUUUGAUUGUAAGUAAUAUGCUUUGUUCUCAACUAUCAGCAUGGGAUGCUAAGCCACCAGUUCCUUCUCAAACAUUCCGAAAUAUUUCGAAACAUUUAGUUAAAUUACACGAGGCCCUUAUUGAUAUUUUGCCCCUUGAUCAAAUAAGAAAAAUAUAUAUGAAAGUCCAUGAAAAUUUUAAAGACAAGUUAAGAGAGCAGUUGGCCAAAAUGAAUAUAGUGGCAAAUGGAAGUCCACAACAUGGUAUUGUUACAUCUGAAUUAACAUUUUACUUGCAAACACUUAAAACAUUAAGAGUGAUCAAUGAUAGUGAUCCUGAAGAUAAUAUAUUAUAUGAUAUUUGGUUGACUUAUGGUAAAGAAACUUAGAUAUUUGAAAGUUUUAUACAGAAUUUAUUUAAAUGUGUAAAUAGCAUAGGCAAAUGUGAAAAAGCUUAAACAUCUCCUUUAAUUUAUUUUAAUAUGUUAUAUGUAUAAGUAUUUAUAGUACGGGAGCUAGCAACGUUUAAAAAAAAGUAAUUUUAGUAUAGUUGGGUUUUUGAUAUA